UGUUUCUCUCUCAUGUUUUUUGUCGAUUUCGCUGAAUUCUUUGAUUUCGUUACGAGCGAUCUUUACUUUUCCUCUUGGCACCAUGACAUUCUUUCCGUUUUCCUCGUAUUUUAGUAAGAAUAACGUGAUGCAGUCCACCAUAUCUAGCUUCCUGAACUCAUUCUCUGACGCUAAAACUGAGCAGUUAGAGGCUGACACCAAGUGCAGAACCUUCAACAGGGAGGAUAGUGAGGGUAGCUUGAGGAAUGAGGAGGCAGAGGCUGAGGAACUAGCAGUGUCAUGGCUGGAAAUCAUGAAGAGAUGGGACAGUAACUCGAGGAAGAAGCAGAAGUCUCAGGUAGAGAAGUUAGUGUACCGAGGUGUACCAAACGAUCUGAGAGCCCUGAUUUGGAUGGUCCUGGCAAACGACUCAAACAAAUCUCAUCUCAGACUCAGAUACCCUGAACUUAUUGAGCAAACGUCCCCAUGUGAGAAGCUGAUAAGAAGAGAUAUCUGCAGAACAUACCCAGAACACAAGUUCUUUAAAGAACAGGGACAAGAAGCUCUUUUUAACGUCAUCAAGGCGUAUUCGUUGCAUGACAGAGAGGUUGGGUAUUGCCAGGGUUCACCUUUCAUUGUUGGAAUACUGCUACUACAGAUGCCGGAGGAGGAGGCGUUCUGUGUGCUGGUAGAGUUGAUGGAGAGCUACAGAAUGAGAGAAUUCUUUAAACCUAGCAUGAAGGAACUUAGUGUUAAUCUGUACAUACUCAGCGAGCUUAUACAGGAGCAGAUACCAGAGCUCCACCUCCACUUCAAAGCACAGGGGUUCCACCCUACUACUUACGCUUCACAGUGGUUCCUCACCAUGUUCGCUACUGUUCUUCCUCUUAACGCCGUGUUCAGGAUCAUGGAUAUCUUCCUCUGGGAGCAAACGUACGAUGUGAUAUUUCAAGUCGGUAUUGCACUGUUAAAAGAGGGUAAAGAUAAACUGAUAAACAUGGAUAUUGAGGGAAUGCUACAGUAUUUCCGAACUACAGUGUACAGAAACUAUGUUGGGGCCGAGGACGACCUUGUACAAAAAUUGAGGCAGAUAAAACUUGACCAGAAAAAGCUGAGAAGGUUAAAGCAAGUCUGGACAAAUGAAAAGGAACGGGAAUCUUUAGAGCUAGAGGAAUGUAAACGACUUACAUUCGAGAACAGUGUGCUUUGUCAGAGAAUCAAAACACUAGAGGACGAAACUUGUCACUUAGCGGACAAACUUAUCAAAGGUCAAGUUAGUAGAGCUGAGCAAGCAGAAGAGAUGUUUAUACUGAAGAGAGAACUAGUGGCACUGAGGAGACACGACGGUGAGCUAAACGAGAAACUGAAGGAAUCCACCAGGAAAAACUGCUACAUUGACGCAAAACUACAUGGUAUCUGUGGAGAGAACGAAGCCCUGCGACAGGCUCUCUCCUCGCUGGGACACGACCCCAUGCAGUUUGUACAGAACGUGGAGAUGCCUAACUGUGUGUAUAGUAACACUGUUAAACUGCCCAAACUGGACAGCUGCCAGGGAAGAGAGGAGAGAUGUGAUGCUGGUUACUGUACGAUAGGGAGACAAGAAUCAUCGGAGUGUAACCCCGGUGCGAUGCAAGUCCUAGCGGAGAACACAUCAUCAAAUCAACAGAGCGGAGGAGAUAAGAGUACACACGCCAGGUCGAUAUCAAGUGACAGUGUGAUAUCCAGCUCUAGUUCCGAGCAAGCAAAUCAUAACAACAGUUAUUACAAGAAUAAUAUGCAGACGGACUCAAAGUUGGUUAUAUCAGAAGGAGGAAGCUCUCUGAGCUCAAACUCUAACAAGCUAUCAGAGGGCCUAAAGAGGACAUUUGGUUUGUCGGAUAAAAGCUCUUCUAGUCGGGUCUUGUAGUUACUGUUAGAUUGCUGUUAGGAUAUAAAGCAACGAAAUGUGGAGGGUGACGUCAGAAUACGUGGUGUGACGUCAUGACACUUGGUGUGACGUCAUGACAUUUGGUGUGACGUCAUGACAUUUGGUGUGAUGUCAUGACAUUUGGUGUGACGUCAUGACUAUUGGUAUGACGUCAUGGCACUAGAUGUGACGUCGUGGCACUUGGUGUGACGUCAUGACAUUUGCUGUGACGUCGUGACACUUGCUGUGACGUCAUGGUAUUUGGUGUGACGUCAUGGUAUUUGGUGUGACGUCAUGACACUUGGGUCUUGGUGUAAUGUCACGACACAAGGUGUGUGUGACAUAAUUCAGUACUUUUGAUUUGAGAUUUUGAACUAGUUCGAGAUGCUGGGCGUUGAAAUGCUAUCAAAAGUUCUUCUCUCCAAAAUGUUAACAUAAUAUGAAAAACUUAGAGAUUUUAAGCGAGAUAAAUUGAUCCAUGCCCGGAUCCAAAAUGAUGUCGCGAUAUAUUAUAUCAAUCCGGUUACUAUGAACUAUUGAAGGUAUGAUUUAUCUGAGAUCACUUCUAUUUUUUGUUUUGCUGAUACCAACUCUUGAUACAAGCAAACGGGAUGUUUUGAUUCUGUAAAUUUAAUUUCUAUUUUGAAGAUAAUAUAUUUGUACGGUUGAUAAUGUGUGUAAUUUUUGUAUUGUUAUUUAUACUUUACGUUUGUUUUGGUGAACCGAUUCCAAACUUUAACAUUUGAUUUUUAACUUCAUA